AUGGACACCGAAGGCGUGCAGCCCCAGGAGGCUUCGCUGACGGUCAACGAGCAGGUUAUUGUCAUGUCCAGCCAUGAAACCAUCCGAGUGCUGGAGGUCGGUGUGGACACCCCGCUCCCGGCCGAGGAGGACCGGAAAGCCUUGGAGAUACCACCACGGGAUAUAGCGCGGGGCUCCCCGGGAGAGACCAGCCACCCGGGCAGAGAGGACGUCCCACCCAGCACCCAGAGCUCGUGCAGCGGGGAGGCGGCCGGCAAAGCCAAACCGGUGACCGGAGCAUCCCCCAGCACCAUCCCCUCCGUCGGCACCUUCAGCCACGCCACAAGCCAGCAGCCGCCGACGUUGGCCCCGCUGGCCGUGCCAGCCACGCAGGUCUUGACUCAGGAAAACUUAGCAACAGUUGUGACAGGAGUAAUGGUUCCAGCAGGGACAGUUACUCAACCUCUUCUUAUCCCCAUCAGUAUUGCAGGUCAAGUGGCAGGUCAGCAGGGGCUGGCUGUGUGGACAUUUCCUACAGCAACGGUCGCUGCCCUUCCCGGAUUGACGGCUGCUUCUCCUACAGGGGGAAUUUUCAAACCGCCUAUAGCCAAUUUGCAAGGUAACCGGUGCUCUUCUGCUUUCGUCUUCCCUGCUGCACCCGGCCAGCCCCCCAUCCUGCCACAGCCCUCCGCAGCGCCCACGCCACCCGUGGCCAAGCCCUUAGAGACGCAGACCCAGAUCACCGUCCAACCUGCCGGAUUUGCCUUUAACCCUGGCAUAGUAAGGAGCCUGGCAGCCCGCGGCAAGGACGCCAUCCCGGCGGCUGCCAUCAAGAAAACUGGCACCCCCGAGCCCCCCACCAAGAACGAGGUCCAGCCCAUCCAGCCGGCCCCGGCGCUCUCCCAGCCGGCCGUGGUGAUGGCAAACCCCGUCCCAGCGACGAAGGCUUCCUCCGCACCCGUCCCCAUCACCUGCUCAGAGACCCCCACCGUCAGCCAGCUGGUCUCAAGGGCCUCGGCCCCCAGCCAGUCGGCCAUCUGCAGGUUCGAGAAGCUGGACAUCACCCCCAAGAGCGCCCAGAAGCUCAAACCGGUACUGGAGAAGUGGUUGAGCGAAGCCGAGCUCCGGAACCAAGAGGGUCAACAAAACCUGAUGGAAUUCGUUGGGGGAGAACCAUCCAAAAAACGAAAGCGCCGAACCUCCUUCACCCCCCAAGCCAUCGAGGCUCUCAACGCUUACUUCGAGAAGAACGCCUUGCCCACCGGCCAGGAGAUCACCGAGAUCGCCAAGGAGCUCAACUACGACCGCGAAGUCGUCCGCGUCUGGUUCUGCAACCUGACCGAGUCAGGGCUGGUGCAGGACUUUGCCGCCAGCCUGUCGGGCAUCGGCCAGGAGCUGGGCGCUGGGGCCUACAGCAUGAGGGAUCGGGAUGUCGUAGUGUCGGAUGCUCAAACCGCGUUGCACAAGUACGUGGCCCGUGCUUCGGGCCCAGCUUGCUUCGCCGUUUGGCCGAGCCCCUGUGCAGCAGCGAGGCCAAAGCGCUGUGCCACGCUCGCCGUUCGAGACCCGUUAACGCCUCAUUUCUGGCUGCGUGAGUUAUACCGGGGAAGCGCAGCCCGCGGAUGA